GUCUAGAAGUAUCAACCUUCGUUGGAACAAGAACCGCCACGCCGCUUCUCUCUCGCUCAUCAAACAGAGAAAUAAUACAGCCAAUGUAUUUGGAUUAGGUUUUAUCAAUGUCUUCCCGAUUCAACAACAUAGAUUUGAACUCCGAUGCUGUUCCUAUUGAACAAAAUGAUAUCGGUAUGUUUGAAUCUGAAGCGGCUCAAACCCUUGUUGAUCAGCCUAUGGGAAACAAUGAUGGUGAUAUGAUGAAAUUUGAUAUUUCUGAUCAAACUAGUAUUAGUGAGCUGAAAUUAGGGCAGCUAGGGGGGAAUGUUGAUGGUGGUACAUGGGUUGGUCAUGAAAUUAAAGGAAGUGUAGAAUCUGAGCUGGUGUUGGAAGAAAAGUCGAUUGAGAAUGGGGUUAAGUUUUUUGUUAAUGAUCUUGUGUGGGCUAAGGUGAGGAGUCAUCCGUGGUGGCCAGGGCAGAUAUUUAAUCCUUCUGAUGCAUCGGAAAAGGCAAGGAAACAUCAAAACGGAAAUGAUAGACUUUUAAUCGGGUACUUUGGAGAUAAGUCAUUUGCUUGGAAUGAAGAAUCGCGUGUGAAGCCAUUUCACACAAAUUUCUUUCAAAUGGAGAAGCAAAGUGAUCUUGAAUCUUUUCAACAUGCUGUGGAUUGCUCUUUAGAUGAGGUUUCUCGAAGAGUUCAAUUUGGACUCAGUUGUCUCUGUUCACCAGAAGAGUUGUCAAACAAAAUCAAAACACAGAUGGUUGUUAAUGGUGGUAUAAAAGAAGAAGCGAGUAUAAUAGAAGGUAUGGAAGAUAAUCGUUCUAAUGUCGAUUCCUUUGCUCCUUUAAAGCUUAUUCAAUACAUGAAAAAACUUGCUGAAUUCCCACAUGAAGGAAUUGAUAGAUUGGAUUUUGUUAUAGCACAUUCUCAAUUACUUGCCUUCAACAGCUGGAAAGGCUAUUAUGAUCUGCCUGAAUUUAAAACAUUUGAAGCAUGGCUAGAUAAGGAUGAAGGUGUUCAGGGUAACGGUUCUAUGAAACGGAAAGGAAAAAUGGAUAGUGAUGUUCGCAUGCUCAAGAAGGAGAAGCUCACUUCUGACCUAAUUUAUGAAAACUCCUCAAAUUCACAGAAGAUGAAAGAUGAGAAAACUAGCAUGUCUCUGAAGUCUAAGAAGCAAUUUUCUAGAUUGGGAGAGAGCACAUCACCUCCGGUUAUAAAGAAAUCUGAAGCAAGCAAGAUUGUUAGUCCAAAUGAAAUGCUCUCUGAAGUUCGUUUAACUGCUGAAGAUCCAAUGAACAAUAACAAAACUGCAAAAUGUUUUCUCGGUUUUUUCUCUGAUUUCAGGAAUUCAUUUUGCAUGGAGAGAUCUUCUGAUCAGAUCAUCAAAGCCAAGGAUGAUGAUGAAAAGGAAAAGGAAAAUGAAAUAUUAUUAUUCAAACCUAUGACACCUAGUAAUCCUGAAGUGCAAGGUGAUCAACAACAAAACUCUCCAACUGCUCUUAUUCUGAAAUUCAGAGACAUGAGUAAUGUUCCUCCGGUGCCUAAACUGAACAAGAUAUUCAGUAAGUUUGGACCUUUGGAUGAAUCAGAGACCGAACUGAUGAAAAAGUCUAAACGGGCUAAGAUUAUCUUUAAGAGACGUCGUGAUGCUGAAACUGCUUUUAGCAGUUCUGGAAAGUUUCGUAUCUUCGGUCCUGCUCUUAUUAGUUAUCUGCUGACACCCCAGAAGAACUUGACACUCCAGAAGAACUUGACACCCCAGAAGAACUGUCCAUCAACCAAGAGGAGUAAAAAGGCUGCUCCUUAGCUUACUUGGAAUCCACCAAUGUGAAUAACCAGGUUGGUUGAUUUUAAUUAUAACUUUUGUUUCAAUAAGGGAUGGUUAGUUGAUUUUAUUUAUAACUUUUGUUUGAAUAACGGUUUGGUUGGUUUGGUUUGGUUUUAUUUAUAACUU